UCUUGGGGUGAUACGCAUUCGGCGAAUUUAACAGAUUUGUGUUUAAAAAAAGAAGAAAAAAGAUGAUGACGCAAGAAGAAAUCUCAUCCAGCAUGAUUAUAUAGUUCAACGCGAUGUAGAAUGCUCGUCGUUUAGCUUCGUGUUUCCUAGUGCAUCUUUGCAUGCUCCACUCAAUAUUCGUCACUCUGAGCAACUGCUGCGAGGAAGCACCGAAGUGUUAAACGGAAAAAGAAACUUUCUUGCAUUACAUUAUUUUUUUUGUCAACUUUCAACUUCCUAGACAUUAUUAUGUAUAAGAUCCGUGUUUACCCAGGCAGCGAUUCCUCGCUGACACGAGACAGCGGAUCCGAGAGCACGCCGUUACUCUCUUCAGAAUCUCGCACGAGUCCGGAACUGGUGAUAUUCGACGAUUCGGACACAAGCGACUUAGAUCCAAGCCCGGCCAGCUGCUCUUUGAUAUACGGAAGCAUAGACUCCAGUUACAACACGAUUUUAGCUACACCAAAGAGGCCAAUUCCUUCAACGAAAAAUAGUGAAUUAUUCAUUUCCACAAUGGCAAAUUCACCUUGCACAGUAAGCGAAAAAAAUUACGAGCCGCGCAAUGUAAACUUGACAUUGAUGAACGAAAAUUCCAAUACAAAGAAAGUGCACGAGAUAGACUUUGUGCCUGGACCUCUGCAAUUUCAACCCGAUAUCAUACAGGCUUCUUGUAAAGAUCUCAAACCGAAGCAAAGUUCACUGGUCACUAUAUUUUCAAUUUGGAAUACAAUACUGGGAUCGUCAUUACUGACGAUGCCAUGGGGAAUUACGAUGGCCGGAUUCUUUCCUGGAAUUAUCCUCAACUUACUGAUGAGCGGAUUAUGCCUGUACACUGCUUAUCGUCUCGUAGUUGCACAUGCAUAUCAUGGUGGUGGAUCAGAUGUAGAAGUUUUAGACUUGUGCCGGAUAUAUCUCGGCAAAUGGGCAGAACAUAUCGCUAGAAUCUUUAGUAUUGCCGUAUUGUUGGGCGCAACUAUAGCUUACUGGAUAUUAAUGGCCAAUUUCCUGUAUAAUAGCGUCAAUUUUAUUUACGAUAGCAUAGCUGGCUGGUCAACACAUCGUGUAUCUGAAAACAUUUCAUAUAAAGAAGUGUUGUGCCCGAAAGAGCAAGACAAUAAUACUAUUGUAACUUAUGAAAAAACAUAUGAUAUGCUGGGACCAGCAUGGGAUUUACGAAACACAGUGCCUAUGUUUUUGGCCUUACUAAUAUUUCCUCUUUUAAAUUUUAAUAGUACGACAUUUUUCACAAAGUUUAAUUCCCUCGGAACAGUGUCAGUUAUGUAUCUGAUUAUCUUCGUUAUAAUAAAAUCAGCAUCGUGGGGCAUCAAUAUGGAUCAAGUCGAAUGGACAAUAAGUUGGGUAAUACGGCCCACGUUUCCCGCACUUACCGGGCUAUUAGCAAUGUCAUUCUUCAUUCACAAUAUUGUAAUCAACAUAAUGCAGAAUAAUCGCAAUCAAGAAAAGAAUGGAAGGGAUUUAACCAUAGCAUAUUUCCUCGUCACGUUAACUUAUAUCAUCAUUGGAGUAGGGUUUUUUAUGUGCUUCCCCCUGUCUAAGUCGUGCAUAGAAGAUAAUCUACUAAAUAAUUUUCAAAAAUGGGAUGGCCUUACGAUAGGUGCUCGUAUACUGUUACUUUUUCAAUUAGUGACUGUAUAUCCUUUACUCGCGUAUGUACUACGUAUUCAAUUACUGUCAUGGAUAUGGAAAAGAGCGUCUAACAGAAGCUUAGUGCUCUUCAUUAAUCUUGUAUUAGUUUUUAUAUGUAUCAUUUUCGCGACGUUUGUACCUUACAUCGGAACUAUUGUCAGGUAUACUGGCGCUUUAAGCGGACUUAUUUACGUUUUUACUUUCCCGAAUUUACUACAUUUAUCCAUUUUGAAGAAAGAAGGAAAACUAGGUAUAUGUUCGAUAUUAUUUCAUUUAGCUAUACCUGUUAUCGGAUUUUCAAAUCUCAUUGCUCAGUUCUUUAUCACAGAUCAUUAA